AUCUCUUUAGAUGUUAAAAACAUUCGCAAUAAAAAUCUUAGUGUAACUUUUGCAGUUCACGGAUAUAUUUUUUUUGUUCAAAAUGUUAACAUCGGCUAUAUACUGUUGUUUUUUGUUAUACCUCGUGAAGACAGCAUAUAGUAUUUCAAAUACUACUGAUUGUGAAACGCCAUUUAAUGAAACUGCUUGCUGUGACGUAACGGAUCCAAACUUUGGGAAUGGUGUCUCUCUCCUCUAUUACAACUGCACUAAUAAUCAAACAUCGAACUAUUCCAUCACAAACCCAGAUGGGUUGAUAAAUGUUUUAAAAAAUCCAAUAAAACCAAUAAAGAUUGUCAUACAUGGAUAUUUGCAAAAUGGAAACGAUUCAAAAAUUCUGUCACUUGCGAAAGCGGUCUGUGAAAAUGGAGCAAAUCAUGUUAUAAUACUCGAUUGAGGUAAAUACGCAUUUAACAUCAAUUACUUCAAAGUCGCCAAAAACGCUUUUGGAGUAGGCGAUAUGUGGAAUCAAUGUUUAAGAAAGAUUGUGGCAGCAGGUCUUGACCUGUCACUAUUCCACAUAAUUGGCUUUUCCUUGGGUGCUCACAUAGCUACCUUUCCUAUCGGAUGCAAUGACUUCAUGAACAAAUCAAUUCGUAUUACACGUAUGUAAUUAAACAUAAAAUUUUUAAAACGUA